AUGGUGUAUCAUGACAGCUACGCGACUUCGCCAACAGCCGCCACAGCAGCCUACUACCAGCCUCGGGCUCGCCUGACGACAACGCUCUGGGAGGACGAGCAGACGCUUGUGUAUCAAGUUGACAGCCGCGGAAUUUGCGUUGCUAGACGCCACGAUGACAACAUGAUCAAUGGCACCAAGCUGCUCAAUGUCGUCGGCAUGUCGCGGGGCAAGCGGGAUGGUAUUCUGAAGAAUGAAAAGGGACGCCGCGUGGUCAAAGUUGGGCCGAUGCACCUGAAGGGAGUGUGGAUUCCAUUUGAGCGUGCGCGGUUUUUGGCGGAGCAAUUCAAGGUGGUUGAUGUGUUGUUUCCCAUUUUCCAGCCUGACCCUAACUCGUACCUC